AUGGUACUUGCCCGCGUGGCCAACUUCCUCACAAACGGAGACUCUACCACCAACCUGACCGACGGUAGCCGGAGAAAUGUCGCAAACACAGCACACGCAGUGGAACUUCCCAUGGAGGAUACCAAGCGGGGAGCAAUGGACGACGAGAUAGAUGAGGAAGCAGCGCGGCCGCCAUACCUACAUGCAAUGCUGGCAGGAGGAAUAGGAGGAACGACGGGUGACAUGUUGAUGCAUUCACUGGACACUGUCAAGACGCGACAGCAGGGCGACCCGCACAUGCCUCCAAAGUACACAUCCAUGGGCAACACAUAUUACACCAUAUGGCGGCAAGAAGGCUUUCGAAAGGGCUUAUAUGGCGGGGUUCAGCCAGCGUUCCUCGGGUCUUUUGCAGGCACCGUGUGCUUCUUUGGGGCUUAUGAAUGGACAAAGCGAACCAUGAUUGACUAUGGGGUUGCGCCCUCGGUCGCAUACUUCUCAGCCGGUCUCCUCGCCGACCUCGCUGCUGCACCCGCAUACGUUCCAUCCGAAGUCCUCAAGACACGUCUGCAAUUACAAGGCCGCUACAACAACCCCUACUUUAACUCAGGCUACAACUACCGCGGCACCGUUGACGCUGCCCGAACAAUAGCAAGAACUGAAGGUUAUAGCGCCCUUUUCCAUGGCUACAAGGCAACGCUCUGGCGUGACCUGCCUUUCUCAGCAUUGCAGUUUGCCUUUUACGAAGAAGAGCGGGAUUGGGCAAAGAGGUAUAUGGGCUCAAAUAACAUCGGUCUGCCACUUGAGAUUAUAACAGCAGGGACCGCGGGCGGUAUGGCAGGCGUCAUCACAACUCCCCUAGACGUAGUCAAGACGCGCAUUCAGACGCAACACAAUGGGCCAUCUCCUGCGUCUCCAACCGCACCCAAAGUCUCAUUGUCGCCCGCCGCGGCCUCGAAACACUCCACCUCAUCGCAAACAACUAAGCCACCGUCGACUCAAAGUCGACCCAUUUCCACAUCCUCCCCUUCCACAACACUAAAAGCCCACGGCGCCGCCACCCUCGACACCUCCUCUGUCAUGACAGGCUUGAAGAUAAUAUACAGAACGGAAGGAAUUGCUGGGUGGUUCAGAGGUGUCGGACCGCGUGCGGUCUGGACAAGUGUACAGUCGGGAACCAUGUUGGUACUUUACCAAACGCUAUUGCGGUAUUUCGAGCAACAUCCCUUUGCGGGGUCUGAGGAUGUAUAA